AGCCGCUCCGAAGACAUGCUUGCCAUCUUUGCGCCCUCGGCCAACGCCCUCACCAUCGGCGCAGCUCCCCUGCACCGCCCGGCCGUCGUCAAGCCGGUCGGCGCCACCAUGAUGGCCCCGGAGCAGCUGGCGGAUGUGAUGCCGGCGCUGCAGACCUCGACGCUGCUCGCGGACGCGACGCUCGCCUCCGGCUCCGCCGUUGCGGGCGCUGGCCUCGGCCUGAUCGGCGGCGCCAUCGUGCUCGGCCCGGCCCUCUCGGCGGCGGGCGGCAAGGGCGCUGGCGGCAAGGCCAAGGGCACCGCGAUGGGCAUCGUCGGCGCCGUCGUCGGCGGGUCGAUCGGCCUCGCGGGCGGCGCCGUCGUCGGCCUCGGCGCCUUGUAAGCGUCGCGCCUUGUGAGCGUCGCCCGGAGAGCGCCGGCUGGGGGGCGGGCCUUGGCCGGACGGACUCUGUGAGAGCGCACAGUGGCGGGUUGAGUGACCUUUGUAGUAAAGCCAGUGCUGGUGUGGCUGUGCGGGUGUGCCCUCCGUCGUCCCUGCUGUCCGGUCGUCGCGUCGAUGCAAAAAACAUGCGCUUCUUUGCGUGCAGUUCUCGUCUGCACGUGGAACGGGUUACUG